CGCUGUUUCCUUCUCCUGCCAGAGAUCUUUCCGCGCCUCUCCGUACUUACCACUACUCUUUCUCGCGGAUGGGCUCUAUAAUACGCCGGAUCGUCAGGCGCUGACCGGUUUUAAUCUUUAUCGUACACUAGUCACAUAGCAAGCGCGUCAGUUCGACUAUCGUGAGUGUGAAAGGCUGAAAAUCACGCAAAUUUAUAAAGUCCUGUACAAAGUUAACAAAUUCUGAUAGUACGCAGCAAUUCAUCAAUCAUGCGGUUCAAAUUGGGAUAUCUACUGUGCCUCUCAAUCAUAGUAAUUUUUAUGAAAAGAUGUGUGUGCGUCGUGGCGCCAAAUCUUACACAGACAAACAUUUCUUCACAAAUUACUCCCCAAACUGAAGAUGACGAAGAUUUCGUACCCUAUCAUGGUGAACGCUUCACUAUCUUCGAUUGGAUGUUGUUCAGGAAUAUGGCCAAGGCGAAUGCAGGGAAUCUAUUACUGUCACCAAUAUCCAUAAAAUUAGCAUUAGUGCUUCUUUUUGAAGGAGCUCAAGAUCAAACUGCACGUGAACUUGCAGAAGUCAUGCAACUUCCGCUUACUGUGCCGGCCACUCGAGAAAAAUUUAACAAUAUCUUAAAAUCUCUGCAAGAUCCGUCUUCUGCGUAUACUUUAAAUAUCGGAUCGCGUAUUUACAUCGAUGAUAAUGUGCUGACCAGACAACGCUACGCAGCGACAGUAAAAACCUUUUACAAUACUGAUGUGAUCAACACCAAUUUAUCCGACACGCAUGCAAUUGCGACUAAAGUUAAUUCUUGGGUCAGUAAUAUUACGAAUGGAUAUAUUGAAAAAAUGAUAGAUGACGAACAAAGUUUGAAAAACUCGGUAAUGCUGAUCGUGAAUGGACUAUUCUUCAAAGGUGCUUGGCGUCACAAGUACUUUGCGACCGAGAACACUCACUUUUCCAAAUUUCACAUCAACGUCAACGAGAGCGUAGAUGUACCAUACAUGCAUACCAUCGGUCGAUUUUAUUACGCCGAAUCAUCAAGACUCGACGCGAAGAUUCUCCGGAUUCCGUACGAUGGCUCUAAAUUUGCCAUGUAUAUUGUACUGCCGCGCAUGUUGACCGGUGUGGAUCAUAUUAUCAAUCAGAUUAAUCCAUUCACACUGGCGAGCGACAUGUGGACCAUGCAGGAAUUGCCUCUCGACGUUUAUAUCCCGAAAUUCAAAUUCGAAUUCACAAGUCAUUUGGAAAAUGUUUUGCGCGAGCUUGGUAUUCGCGAUAUCUUCGAUGACACUGCGCUAUUGACAGGUAUAGCAAAAACAAAACGAACUUCCAAACAUUUAAAGGUGUCUGACGUGAUGCAUAAAACUGGAAUAGAAGUAAAUGAAGAUGGGACAAUUGCUUAUGCUGCAACAGAGAUACAGAUUGGAAAUAAGAUAGAAGAGAGCACAUUCCAUGCCAAUCAGCCGUUUGUGUUUUACAUCGAGGACGAAACCACUGGUACCAUUCUUUACAUAGGUAUAGUGCGGAAUCCCCUGAAUACAUCUGGGACUACAGGGAAAAUAAAGCAAGAAUUUCCAUCACGAGUUAAUCUGAAUACAACAACAGUAACUCCCACCAAUCCCGUUGCAACCAGUACCGAAGACCGAUAUGCCUUUUUCAACAUCGAUCUCCUGCAGAGAGUGAACGAAGACAUCGAGGGUAAUCUAAUACUAUCUCCCUCCAGCGCGAAAAUCGCCCUUAUGACUCUGGUGGAAGGCACGGGCGGUCGAACACGUCAAGAAUUGCUUGCAGCUUUAAGAUUACCACCGGAUGAAUAUACUAUCAGAAGAAUAGCAAGACGAACUCUCAUGCCCCUAAAAAGUCAUCAAAAUGGUACGGAAAUCGAUGUAGCGACUCAGCUAUGGAUCAAUCCAGUUCUUAUGACAUCUCCUAAUUAUGUAAGUGCCUUGCGUAAUUAUUAUGGAACCGAUAUCCAGCAGUUAAAUUUCGGAGAUGCAAAUGUUGCGGCGAGUACGAUCAACACUUUGGUUCGUCAACAAACACGGAAUAACAUCAAGUCUAUCAUUCAACCAGGUACUCUUCCUGCCGACACCCAGAUACUGUUAACUUCGGCCUUGUACUUUAAAGGACAAUGGUUGAAAUCAUUCGAUAAGGAUGCUACGCGUGCACGGUGCUUCCGUGUUCCCCAACACGGUUGCCGAGAUGUUCCUAUGAUGGAGAACACUUCCCGGUAUCGAAACGCCUAUAUAGCUUCUUUUGAUGCUGAUGUCGUGGAAAUCCCGUACUCGAAUGGUAGGACAUCUAUGCUGGUAUUCCUUCCAUCUCACGAGGAUAGCGAUCCGUACCUUCAAACCUUGUUCAAAGAUCUUUCAUAUGUGCCAAUGAGAACUUUGCUGACUAGUCUCAAAGAAACUGAACUAGUGCUUUCUAUUCCGCGAUUCAGUAUUGAGAACAAAUUGGAUUUACGUUCCUCUUUAAUGCGCAUGGGUGUACAGGACAUUUUCGGUACAGCAGCAAAUUUUACAGGAAUUUUAUAUAAUGAUCAUUUGCGAAUAGGAGGUAUAAUUCAGAAUGCUAAGAUAGAAGUCGAUGAAGAGGGAACUGUUGCUGCUGCUGUGACACAAUUCAUGGUUGUACCGCUUAUGGCUAACACGGCACCAGCUUUUAUAGCGAAUAGACCAUUUAUCUUUGCUAUAGUUGAUUUGGUAACAAGCGAGACUCUUUUUGCUGGUCGUGUCAUGGAUCCUUCUAUGAGCAACUCCUAAAGUAUUUAGAAAUAAGCCCAAUACUAUGGCUGCUUUUAUACUUAAAAAAACUUCGGAAGUGUAAAAAAUUAUCAUUUAUGUACAUAUAUUACUUUUUAUAACGCAUCUAUGCUUAUAGUUACAAAGUAAUGAUUGUUCAUUCUCUUAUACUCAAAUAAAUGACAAAUGAAAAUAAAUGGAAGUAUAUUUGAUACUUCUCUCA